CCUUGAUAAGCGCUGAUAAGAGAAAUUCUCGGUCAAACUUCGAUCUGUCCAAGGGAAGAGUGGUUCCCCAAAACAAGUGUACCAGGACCGCCACCUCCGCUUCGAAAAUUGGAGGACCAACUAAGUUCUAGAAGCCUGUUGAUCGAUCGCUAUCGGCUAGCGAUUUCGACCGAGAGAGCCGAGAGAGAUGGUUGGUGCAGAGCUGCGGGAGUGUUGCGAGCACCACACUCAAACUGUAACAAAUUGGUACGUCUGAUCGGUAGGUGCGCAGGCGGGGCUGACAUCUUUCCUAGCAAUCGCAUACCACUAGAAAAUGACUGCAGUCGUUGCAACUGGCCACGACACCCUUGGACAUGCUGUCCCACCUUUCACACCGCACGCAAUCUCGGUGUCCCUCCCUACAUGGAGAGACAACGUCGGUUACGAGGAAGGAGAAAAGCGCGUUGUAGAGUCCAUGGUGUCCGGAUAUCCACGUUUCUUCAUUCAUCUAAGUAUCCAAAAGCUUGCAAGCAUCUGCGAACAGAAGUUCGGCAUUAACAACGAAAAAUGUCUGUUAUGUCCCUCAAAAAGAGUGGCAGACCAUUGCCGGGAGUUCGUUCUCGCUCGCACGGCCCUUUCCGGCAUCUUUACUCAUGUACGACUCGCCCGAUACAUGGUUUGCCCGGAGAAUACGCCUUCCCAGCCGUCGUCGUCCACGAACGAUUGUGCCGAACUUCAUAUUAUACUUUUCCCAGCGGACGUAUUCCCCAUCGCGAAGCAGUUCUGGCAACAUACGGGCAUGGGUAUAUCAUCGCGCUUCGCCGAACGUUGCCUUGCCAUACUCGACUCUCAACAACCAACGUUGCCCGCCUCACCACCGCGGCUUCAAACGUCCUGGCGGUCUCCGUAUAAGGCGCCGAAUAAGCACUACUCUAAACACAUGCCUGGGUCACCUUCACUUGGUGGGGAAAGUAGAUCAUCCCUAUCGCUACCGCCAUGUCCACGUGAGGUGUUAUGCAAGGACCAGGACACCUAUAUAGAAGAGCGGUAUGGAAGGAACUUGCCCCUCAGUGCCGGAGCGUAUGCAAAGAGGGCAUUGCGGAGACGUAUUGCGGGUGUACUGGUGCAUGACACGAUGGAUGAUGGACCACAUGGCCCUUCUGCAGGUGCGCUGGAUGCAGAGCUUGGGCCAAGUAGCAGGGGCGUCAAAGAUGUGACGGAGAACGAUGUCUACCUCUUCCCCACUGGCAUGGCGGCUAUAUGGAAUGCACAUCAAUUCGCUCUCGCGGUUCGGCCUGUGGCCAAGAGCGUUUGCUUCGGAUUCCCUUACACAGACACGCUUAAGAUUCUUCAGAAGUGGGGCCCUGGUUGCCAUUUCUUUGGACACGGUCAAGAAUCGGACGUUGAUGCCUUAGAGAGUUUGCUGGAACAAAUAUCGAGCGAGAACCCAUCUACGCCUCCUAUACUCGCCGUGUUCACCGAAUUCCCUUCAAAUCCUCUCCUCCGUUCGCCUGACCUACCCCGACUCCGUAGUCUGGCAGAUAAAUACGAUUUUGUGAUCGUUGUCGAUGACACGAUUGGAAACUUUGUUAACAUCGAGGUUUUACCUUAUGCUGACGUCGUCGUCAGUAGUUUGUCGAAGAUCUUCAGCGGUUGUGCUAACACCAUGGGGGGAAGUCUCGUUCUCAACCCUCAAGGACGACAUUACGCUGCUUUGAAGCAGCAUUUAUCCACUAACUACGAGGACGUUUACUUCAACGAAGACGCCCUAUUUAUGGAACGCAAUUCACGUGACUUUACACGACGUGUCCGUGUCAUCGAUACUAACACUGAAGCCAUCUGCGACUUUUUGCGCUCACGCUCCCUUUCCGGGAAUACUACACAUUUGGAAGGUAUCGCGAUCAAAGAGGUGUACUACCCAAAAUUCUCUUGCCCAUCCAAUUACGUGAAAUGUCAGCUCCCUGAGGGCGGGUACGGAGGGCUCUUCUCGCUCACAUUUACCUCCCUUGGCGCUUCCCGAGCCUUCUUCGAUGCAUUGUCUUGUCUCAAGGGCCCUAGUCUCGGCACGAAUUUCACGCUUGCUUGUCCAUACACCAUUUUGGCACACUACAACGAGUUGGAGUGGGCAGCGGAGUAUGGAGUCGAGGAAGGUCUUGUGAGGAUUAGUGUAGGGAUGGAGGAGAAGGAGGUCCUGAUGAGAUGUUUUGAGGUUGCAUUGAAGGCUGCCGAGGCUGCCACUGUUGUGGUCAACUAAACGCCAUCGAUUCAUCUCAUGGCAGCUGACACCAGCUCUUCUCUUCUUUUUCGUUCUGGUAGUGUGGAUCUAGGUAUCUGUGAUGAUGAUCUUUCAACUAGAUCUAUGAAACCUUGAAGCAAAGUUGCCCGCGGUGCAGGGCGUCGUUGUUCUGUCCUGUAGUACAAGCUGAGAAAUCGGACUUCUAUGUACGAGUUUUUUCAGUUGUCGUAAACGCGGGAAUGAGCUGCGCUGCACGCUGCCUUGAUAGUGGUGGAGCUGGAGCGGGG